CUCGGUCACCAGCAACAGCUGAGUUUAUUGUAAUUUCCAGCCCUGAAGUUUGUAUCAUUCUGUAUUUUUAAAUGGACCAUAUAGUUGGCACCUGUGAUCUCUUUUGUCCUACGGACGAAGCGAAAUUGCGCAUACGUGAAAAGCUCUUACAUUUCUAUGAGUUGAAAAAUGGUGUAAAAAAUCAACCGGGGAUCCUCGUCAAGGAAUUUACACGCUCGGCUGCUGAUGUUAAGACACCUAAGGCAAAGGAUUUGCGCACUGAGGCUUCCAUAACGAGGACUGUCGAAUAUCUUUUAAAAGAUAUACUAAUGGAUACGCGUAAACCGUAUCAUGUGGCCUAUGAUUUUAUUUUCGAUCGAUUGCGUGCUGUACGUCGUGAAAUUGUUAUACAGAUGUACGAUUCAGCCAACACAAUUUGUAUUUUAGAGCCAAUAAUAUCGUUCCUCGCCUAUAGUCGGUAUCGCUUGAGUGAAGAACCUAUAGACAAAUUCGAUCCGAAAAUAUGCGACCAGCAUUUGCAGGAGUGUUUGAAUGGUGUUCUCUACUGCUAUGAUGAUUUGGAUGAAACAAAAAAAAAGGAAUCUUUCACUUUACGCCAACUAGAACGAAGAUGUUUCAUAGAGUCCUUGUAUCAAAUAUUUCACUUAGGAUCUAUAGAACCUUUGGCUCGUGGUCUCACCUUACCCGAACAUGUACGACAGGACGCGGGAUUUAGACUUUGUUUCGACAUAAGUCUGGCCUAUCAGCAAGGGAAUUUGUACAGAGUUUUGAUGGGUUUCCCUCGCCUGCCGCAUAUUAUCGGCGCUUUAGCAGCCACCAAGUUGCAGUUUAUUAGAAGGCGUUUACUCCAAAUAUUUACGCAUGCCUAUCACAACAAACAAUUAUCCGUGCCGGUAACGUACUUGUUGCGUUUGUUGCUUUUUGAAUCGCCUGAUAGACUAAUCAAACAUUGUACGCAUUAUAAUUUGUCGGUAACGAGUGAUCGAAAGGCAGUACAUUUUAUAAAGACUGAUUUUAAUAUCUCAGCAGAUACCUUGCAGGCGGGCAAGGAGCCAUUUGUGGAAACAAAGUUAGCUAAAAUAUAUUUGCCAGAAAUUGUGUUGUUAAAGGCACUUAAAAAUUAAA